AUGGUGCUCUGUGAAGUCAGGGAGGGGGAAAGCUCCCCCGUUUUCCAGGUUUCCAACAUAUUUCCAGAGAUGACAGAGAUCGAAAUGGAGUACUGCAGCGAGGAGAAAAGCUCCCAUUUUUUCGACAUUGCAAACAUAUUUCCAGAUAUCACAGAAGUCGAAAUAGACUACUGCAACGGAUUAGAAAGAUUGCCAACUGCAGUUUGCGACAUUCCCAAUCUGAAGAAGCUGAGCAUCACCAAUUGCCAUGAUCUAAUCGAGUUGCCGGAGGCUAGGAUGGGAAAAUUAGAGGUGCUGAGAUUGCGAGCAUGUACAGCAAUGGGGAGCCUGCCAAAAUCCAUUUCUGAACUAAAGAAACUGAAGUUUCUGAAUUUAUCCGAAUGUUCAAACCUUUCGAGCCUUCCUGAAACCAUGGGGGGGCUGCAAGGUUUGGAAACAAUCGACGUGAGGGGAUGCUCGGCAAGGCUGCCCGUAACGGUGAAGCACCUCAAGGGCCUUAUACAUGUCAUUUGUGACGAGGAGACCCAGAAGAUGUGGAAGCCUUUUCUGGUUCACUUUAAACGGCUGGUGCUGUUAGAUGUGCAUAAAGCCGAUGUGAGCUUGGAUUUUCUUCAAUAA